UGUUUAUUUACUCAGUAAGGACGUUUUGGCAUCUUAUUUUGAAAUUCCACUCGCUCAGCCAAUCAGAAUUCAGAUUUUAUGUAACCGGAAGCGCUGUCAGGACAACAAGCACACUCCACACCCAGACGGCGGCACCAAGCGCAUGAAUUUGUAGCUGUGUGAAAACUUCUCCACUCGUGGAAAGAAGAGUUUGUGGAUAUUUUCUGCUUGGAAGAAGAAGAAACUCCUCGUCAGUCAUGCUCGCAACUUUGAAAAAAGUUGUGUUCUCCACUGGACUGCAGAAUCCCAAAUUCACAGAAGAGGAGAAAAAGGGGGAAGACUAUGAGGUGCGCACCUACCACGCCACUAAGUGGAUGAGCACCUCUGUCAGUGGGAUGCAGUGGGAUCCGUCCAUCAAAACCGGUUUCCAGAGGCUCUUCAAGUACAUUCAAGGCAACAAUAAAAACAAGGUCAAAGUGGAGAUGACGGCCCCCGUGACGUGCCGUGUGGAUCCUGGAGCUGGACCUGCAUGUGAAUCCAAGUUCACCGUGUCCUUCUACAUCCCAGAGGAGCAUCAGGAGAGUCCACCAGAGCCGAGCGACCCCGAGGUGUUUGUGGAGCACAGGAAGGAGCUAACAGUAUACGUCAGGACGUACGGCGGUUUCUCCAAUGAGAAGAUGAAGCAGGAAGAGCUCCUGAAACUGAUGGAAAGCCUGAAGAGGGACGGCGUCCAGUACGUGGAGGCUCCGUACUACACCGCCGGAUACGACAGCCCCUUCAAACUGACCAACCGCAGGAACGAAGUGUGGGUCCUCAAGAAGGCAGAGGAGCAGUAGACGAAGCCCAUAUCCUGAUAUUACCAGCUGCACCUAAAAAUACUCACAUUUAGAAAUCUGAUCACAUUUUGACAGAAUUUAUGUAAAAAAAAAAAAAAUCAGUUUUGCUACUUUCACUUAAAGUUACUGAAUGACUCACUGUGAAUGUGGAUGAAGUGAUUAGAAGAGCUUUAUCAUUUAAAGAGCCCAUAUUGUGGAUUUUGUUUUUCCCUUUAGUGUGUUAUGAUAUUUUGUGCUUUUAAAAUGUCUGCAAACUUUUAAAAUCCACAAUCCACGCCCCAAAGGAGGUGUCAUCUCCCACAGACAAUGUUGCUCCUCAUCUGCUCAAAACACCUCAUUUGUAGCUCAGGCUUUUCCUACGCUACGUGUCUAUGUCAUCAUGUAACACAUUAGCAUAAUUCCAGCAUGGUGGCUACUGUAACACGCUCUCCAACAAAGAUACUGUCUGUACUAACAGAUACAGGGUUACGGUACUGGUAUGUAAGCUACAUUUGCUGGGUUUUGUUGGGCCAGACGACCAAUCAGAGCAGGGUGGACUUUUCAUGAACAGGGCUUUAAAGACAUGGCCGCUAAAAUGGGGCAUUUCAGAUGUUUGAUAAGAAGAAAAGCAGCAAUGUAGAAUAUUCGAAGAAUGUAUAAUGGGUUUAGUCUGUGUAGAUUUUCUAGUAGACCCCCAAAAUAAAAUUCUAAACCUGCAAAUGUGCACAAUAUGGGCUCUUUAACAGGUAAAGUGGCUGCAGUGAGGUGACAUUUCCAGCAGGUGGAGCUAUUUAGUCAGAAAGUGUUCACCUCAUUUGGUGUGAAGAGAAGAACCACCAGUGCCUCUUGAUAUUUUUUUUUAAAGGAAUUACUUGUUGAAAAUGCACUAAUUUUAAGCUUUUGUUUGCACACAUUACCAAUUGCCAUUUAUCAUGUGACUCUUAAAGGUCAUUUAAAUAUUGUGGUAGCUAAUUGUUUACACAUCUUAAUAAGACUUAAAGGGAAGGUUUACAGUUUCUCCCUCAAGUCAGUCCUGAAGCUGACUUCUGUAAUGUGCAUUUAAACUAAAGUUGAUCACGUUCAAGUCUGAGUGUUUCUGCUAAAAUACUCCCUCAUCGUGUCUGAUUAGGAGUGUGGAAGCCUCGUAUUUGCUUUCUCUGAACUUUGGAAUAGAUGUUUGCACAGAUCGGGGCUGCGCUCUGUGUAAAUGUUUGUCUCCCUGCUUCUUGCUUUUAUUUGAAUCAAUUAAAAAAGGGAUUCUUUCAAAUCCAGAAGCAUCAGUCACUGCAACUUUUAGCAUACAUACAGGCCUAUGAGCAUACUUUAAAAAAUAAUGUGAACCCAUGUUUUGCUUGUUUCUCGUCAGUCAGGGUUGGUGCUGGGAAGGUGACUCGGUAAUCUCACAAACGUCGGCAAAGCUCCGAUUUCAGACCUCGAUUACUGCCACUCAGUCAGUCUGGACCAGCCCGAUCACUGAAAUCUCAUGUGUCAGUUUUGUUUUUGUAAUAAUAAAUGUGUAUGGAUCAGAUUAGCAAACAUUUGUAGUGUCUGACAGGAGUGACGGCUAAAUGCUAACAUAGAAAACAUCUGUUUUUACAUGUUUAAUCAGGUUGUGUGUUUUGGGGCAUUAAACCUAAUACUUCAUAAGGGAAUAAUGGCAUAAGCACUGCACAUAUAUGGGAAAUCUCUAAAUGAUGUGAGAAUGUAAAAUGUACGAUCGCAUCAAUAAUAAAUGGAACUCCUCAUCAAAUGA